AUGGAGAACAUGGAUCAUAUCAACUUAAGCAAGGAGCAACCAGAUGAAUGCGAAAGUAAUUUACAAGCCGAUAAUUAUUGCCCUUCUCCUACUAAUGAAGAAUCUUCAAAAUGCGAUGAAUCCAAGAAAGCAAAUCAAGAGAGAAGUGAAGAACCAACACUUGGGAUGGAAUUUAGCUCAGACGAUAGUCCGUAUGAGUUUUAUGUCAAAUAUGGUGGAAAAAUUGGUUUCGAUCACAUGCUAAGAGUUAAUCGAAGUAUAUCUAGAGCUCAAAAAGUACAUGCAGAUGAUGCAAAUAAAUCGAGAAUACCAAUUAAAGCAACUGUAGAUUUAAUGAGCAGAGAAGUUGGAGGACGAGAGCAUCUUGGAUUUUUGGAUAAAGAUUACAGAAAUUACAUGCAUAGAAAACGAAAUACAACAAUGGAAAAGGGAGAUGCUGGGGCUAUAUUGCAAUAUUUUCAGGAGAUGCAAUCAGAGAAUUCAUCUUAUUUUUAUUCACUUCAACUGGAUGAGGAUGAUAUGAUCACCAAUAUUUUUUGGGCAGAUGCACGUUCAGUGGCUGAUUAUGGCCUCUUUGGAGAUGUUAUUUGCUUUGACACAACUUAUCGAACAAAUGAUUAUGGCCGACCUUUUGCACCAUUUAUUGGAGUUAAUCAUCAUAAGCAAACAGUGAUAUUUGGUGCAGCUUUAUUAUAUGAUGAAACCGCUGAUUCGUUUAAGUGGUUAUUUGAGCCUUUUCUUGGUGCCAUGUCUGGAAAACAACCAAAGACAAUUCUUACAGAUCAAUCUGCAGCAAUGGCCAAAGCAAUUUCAAAUGUGUUUUCUGAAACUCACCAUCGAUUGUGUGUUUUGCACAUUUAUCAGAACCCUGCCAAGAAUUUGAGUCAUGUGUUUCAUAGAUCAAGCGAAUUUGCUCACGAUCUUAGCAAGUGUGUAUAUGACUAUGAAGAUGAAGACGAUUGGUUAUUGGCUUGGAAUAACAUGCUUGAGAAUUAUUGUUUAAAGAAGAAUAAAAGGUUGAAGGAUUUAUUUGAAGUAAGAGAAAAAUGGGCAAUGGUGUACGGACGACACACUUUUACUGUAGAUAUGAAAAGCACACAACGCAGUGAAAGUAUGAACAAUGUGUUGAAGAACUACUUAAAACCUAGACAUGACCUUUUAAGAUUCUUUGAACAUUAUGAGAGGUUUUUGGCAGAUCGACGAUACGAAGAAUUACAUGCAGAUUUCUAG